GCGGCAGUUUGUUUUCUUGUGACAAGCGAUUGGCUCGUAUGAAGUACUUACUUCGUCGGCUUCCUUCUCUUUCUAUCGACUCCAAUGACCUUGAUGUUUUGGCACGAAGCAGACUUAUUGGCAGAUUCUUACACUUUUUAUUGACUGACUUUUCGAUGUCAAGUUGUGGAAGAAGGCCAGGAAGGAGAGAAUCAAUUGCUCUUGAUUCUUUUUGUUGAAAGAAGUUCUUUGUUGUCAAAUUGAAUCUGCAAGUUUUUCGAUUGAGAUAUAAAUAAAUAAUGGGUGGAGAAGAGGAACGACUUGAACUUAAGUUCCGCGUAUAUGAUGGCACGGAUAUUGGUCAUAAUCACUAUGCUGCAUCUACUACUAUUGCAACACUCAAGGAAAGGCUAGUGUCUGAGUGGCCCCAAGACAAAACAGUAACACCCAAGUCAGUUAAUGAUAUGAAACUCAUAUAUGCUGGGAAAGUCUUGGAGAACAACAAGACACUUGCUGAGUCCAAAAUACUCUUUGGUGAUCUUCCUGGUGGAGUUAUUACAAUGCAUGUAGUAGUGCAGCCUCCUUUAUCCAAGAAGAAGACAGACAAGAGCAAGGAGACGAUGACAAAGACGAAUACGUGCACAUGUACAAUCCUUUAAUAAGACAAAGCCCUUUACUACACCACUAUUGCAGAGAAAGCUAAGCAGAUUCUUUUUCAUUUUUUCCUUUAGAGAUUGUAUUUUCCCCUUUUCUUAUAUAAUUAUUUAGGUUCAAUAGCCAUUACUCAUCAUCAAAUCCGACCCAUUUUUUGUUAAAUGCAUUUGCUUCUGUUGUUGUUGUUCUCCAUGUUGUAAUCAUUCUUGUACAAGUAAGCUCAAAAUAUGUAGCACAUGAACAGUGAUGACAUCUUGUCAUAAGAUCCUCGAAAACUGAAGAACUAUUGUAACUUUGUGUGGACUAUUCUACAGGUUAAUCUUUAU